AUGGAAGAUCUGCACAACACUCACGUAAAGCUGCUGGCUUUCGAUUUCCUAUCACUAACGCCGUCGUCUUCACAACCCAACGCCGUCUUCCGUAGAGGUACCCUCCUUCUUUCUCGUGCCGAAACCCUAGGUGUGGUUACUAGCCGAGAGCACAAACCCGACAUAUUCCUUAGAUUCACCAUCGAUGAUGGCACCGGGUGCAUCCCCUGUGUUCUUUGGCUCAACCAGCUUACCUCCCCCUAUCAUUCCCGCCGUAGCCCACCAGAUGUUCGAUUAAUUGCUGAAUCCGCUCGCAAUUUCGCAACCCUAAUCCAAAUUGGGGUUUCAGCUCGAGUGCGAGGCAAGGUUACGAUUUACAGAGGAGGGUAAUUCACUUUUAGAAACGCAAUCCAAAUGCUCCUUAAUUUGAUGGAUACAGUUAUUGAUGGCUCGCCUCCUCCACCUUUCAUCGAUGGGGAUUAUCAAGAAGUUAGACAUACCGAGUUUAAAAUUGAACUAAGGGUAGAUUUUUCAAAGUGUGAAUGCUUUAAGAACAAAAUAAAAAUUAUAAUGUAGUAAUAGAAAGUAUAUUGCUAUUUCUUGCAUCUAUCUGUUUUCAUAUAUCAGGAAUGUUUACUUGUUUGCCUCAAAAUAAUAGUGUUUCCUGCAUUUUUUUUAAUAGUUAGUCAUGAUAACUAAUUUUUCACUCCAAUAUUGUUUUAGCAUUUACUAUCAACAUCAAGGAUUGUGAUACAUAAUUAGGGUUUUAUCCUAAGUGUGUAGCUGAGUGGUUCUAGAUCCAUUUCGCCCUUAUAUUACAACUUACAUGUAUUGACCAUAUAUAUAAUAUUAUAUAGGGAAAUAUAGUAAUC